AUGGCUCUCAUCAGAAACUUUUAUGCCUGGCUUUUUUGUGCCUUUGCCGCACUGGGCGCAUGUCUUUAUGGCUACGAUGGUGUAUACUUCACAGGAGUAUCUGCCAUGGACGCCUUCGUUGAGCAUUUCGGCGAGAGGCAGUCUGACGGGGCAUACGCCAUUCCAGCCUCAAGUCUUUCUCUCAUGACCUCAGUCAUCAACAUCGGGGAAUUGGUGGGCUCUCUGAUGGCAGCACCACUCAAUGACCUUAUAGGCCGCAAAGGAGUGUUUUUUAUUGCGUCGAUUAUGGUUGUGGUCGGUGUGAUCUUACAAUUGGCAACAGAUCACAAACACUCCAUGAUUAUUGGAGGCCGGAUCUUGCUAGGGUAUGGUGUCGGGAACUUCUCAGCGACAUCCCCUCUUUACAUUGGAGAAAUUGCCCCCACUCGAAUUCGUGGCCCUUUACUCAUGUGCUGGCAGCUGGUCCUGUCCAUUUCCCAAAUUAUUGCCGCCGCUAUCAAUCGCGGAACUCAAGGUAUAGACAGUACGGUGGCAUAUCGUGUUCCGAUGGCCGUACAGCUUAUCUUCCCUUUAAUAGUUCUAACCUUCCUUUGGUCGGUGCCAGAGUCGCCACGCUGGUUACUCCGCAAAAGAAAAGUAGAGGCAGCCAGGAGAUCAUUGCAAAGUAUCAAUCGUGACGAUAAGUCUUACGUUGCGGAGGACGACGUCGCUACUUUGCAACGCGACAUAAGCAAUGAAAAAAGACUUGCAGCAGAAUCAUCCUGGUUGGACCUAGUCCUGGAUCCCAUCGAGCGACGCAAAACCAUAUAUUCCGCAGGUGCGCUUGUCGCACAACAAGUUAACGGCAUCCAGUGGUUUUAUUACUUUGGCACGGUCUUCUCAAAAGCCAUCGGGCUUUCCGAUCCAUUUCUGAUGACGUUAAUCGUUUUCAUCAUCCAAGUUGUCGUCGUGUUAUGCGCGGUAUUUUGUGCUAAUCACUUACCCCGGCGGCCUCUCCUGCUCAUCACCACAGGCAUUAUGGGUGUCUCUAUCUUCGUAGUUGGAUGUCUGGGCAUCCCAGGUGGAGAGGUCUCCCACACAUUCGGCAAGGUGAUCAUCAGCUUCGUUAUCAUUGAAAUUACUGCGUUCAACUUCGCCUGGGGUCCUUUAGGUUGGACGAUCGCCUCCGAGAUGGCCGUUGGUCGCAAUAGAAACAAGAUAUACGCUGUCGCCGUCGCCUGCUUCUGGAUAACUGUCUGGGCAAUCGUCUUCACCCUCCCAUAUCUGUAUUACUCGGCCAACCUCGGCCCCAAAACUGGCUUCGUGUACACCGGACUCUGUGUUAUCACCUUUGCAUAUGUCUAUUUCUGUGUCGGCGAGGUCACUGGUCGCUCAAUGGAGGAGAUUAACUAG